CCCCCGCACCCCGGUGACGAGAGCGGCGGGUGACGUGUGUGCGGAGAAGAGCGCGCUGACGUUGCUAUUUAAAGGUCCUCCUGCAGGGAGGAUGGAGACACAGCGCGAGCACCUGGUGUGGGGCGCGGAGGAGGCUCUGGCGGCAGGGAGCCGGGCCAGGAAACAGCGGAGGAGCAGAGCCCAAGGCCCGCCCGCCGCGGGCCACUAGGGGAGGGGGGAAGGAAGGAAGGACGGACUGACGGACCUGACAGCUGGCCAAGCUCCCCACGAGGGCCAGCUCGGUCCCUGGCCACCAGCCUUCCCUGCCGCCUCGUGAUUCUGCUGUCUCCCGCUUCCCUGAGGGCCCGGCGGCCCUCGGGACCGGUCCGCGCUCACCCCUCCGCCGCGGCGGCCUCUCCCGCCCCUCCCGCGAGCAGGAGGAGGGACCGAGCUCGCCCCUCGUUCUCCCCGCCCCCCGCAGCCCGCUGUGCUGCCGCGCUCGCCUCACGCCGGCGGCGCUGAUCGGGGAAGCGGCGCCCUCCGUUCUGCACUUGGGCCGGUGGAGGCGGAGGCAGCGGUGGCUUCAGGCCGCCGAGGCUGGCACCGCUCUGCCCAGCGGGAGCCGGAGACCGGUGGAGGCGGGCGGUGAUGGAAGUGUGAAGAGACAGCGGCGGGGCCCGGGGAAUGUGAGGCGGCGCGUGGCGGCGGCGCGGAGCGUGAGAGACGAGCAGAGGUGGGGGCGCUGGAGUGGCGGCUCUCCCACAGCUUCGAGCCCCGUUCCUCAGCCCUCAACGCGGCGUUAGCUUCCCGCCUCAGCUGGGGCGGGUGCCCGUCGACUCUUCAGCCCCUCCACCGCCGCCUCUCGGCCGCCCCGGAGCUGGGGGCCGGGUGCCGGGGGAAAGCGUGGAGCUUGGCUCUCUGAUUCAUUCAUUCCCCACCGACGGGAGCUCCAGACCCGCUGUGCCCAGAAGAGAAGAGCGAAGAGGGGGCAGCCUCGAAUGAAGAGCCGGGCGCGAGCCGGGCUCCAUUGUGCUCGGCGGCGGGGGGCGGGAAGGGGCUGAGGGAGGUGGGAUCGGGCCCCCUCCCCCUGCUCCCCGGCGUGCGCUGCGCCCCCAGCCUGCUGCCUGCCUGGAAAUGGCUCCGUUUAUUCUCCUCGGGAGAAUGAAUCGAUCCUGCCCAGCCUUCUCUUCCUCCUCACCACCUCCUUUCUGCUUCGAAUCUUAGGAGGGGAAAAUUAAAAAGACAGAUUCCAAUGUGGAGUGCCGUGCACGUCGCGAGCUGCUGGGUUUGCACUUCCAGGGGAUUUUUCUAUAUAGUUUUUUCUAAUGUGAGCGCAGGGAAGCAGUGGCAUUACUGCUUUUAGGAUUUUUUAUUAAAGUGCACGUCGCGUUGGGUUGCACAGUACACCCCCAGGGACCUGGUGUGGUGGAGAAAUUUGAACCCACAGCCUUAGCACCGAAAAGGCCGAGUUACCAGGUUCUCCCUGAGUGUCGUGGAGGACAUGAGCGAAAUGACCAGCGAACUCAUUUUUUAUAGGACUCGGUGAAGCUGGUUUCUGCGUUUUCCUACAUGUACACUCAUUUUGUGGAAUAGAGUUGACCGCGAUCUCCUCCACGCAGCAUUUUAACUCUUAAUAAGCAAAUGCCACCUCUGUUUGAACGUUUUGGUAUUGACGAGAGAAAUCAUUUUACCUAAGAGAACUAAUUGAAUUAUCGACAUCAUUGAAAUACCUCCGGAAAAGAAUCUCGGGGGGGAGGUGGAAAGCAACUGCGAAAUAGCAGACGGAGAAAUUCCUUUGGAAGUUAUUCCGUAGCAUAAGAGCAGAAACUUCAGAACAAGUUUUCAUUGGGCAAAAUGGGGGAACAACCUAUCUUCAGCACUCGAGCUCAUGUCUUCCAGAUUGACCCAAACACAAAGAAGAACUGGGUACCCACCAGCAAGCACGCAGUUACUGUGUCUUAUUUUUAUGACAGCACAAGAAAUGUGUAUAGGAUAAUCAGUUUAGAUGGCUCAAAGGCAAUAAUAAAUAGCACCAUCACUCCAAACAUGACAUUUACUAAAACAUCUCAGAAGUUUGGCCAGUGGGCCGAUAGCCGGGCAAACACUGUUUAUGGAUUGGGAUUCUCUUCUGAGCAUCAUCUUUCAAAAUUUGCAGAAAAGUUUCAGGAAUUUAAAGAAGCUGCYCGCCUGGCAAAGGAGAAAUCACAAGAGAAGAUGGAACUUACCAGUACACCGUCACAGGAAUCAGCAGGCGGGGAUCUUCAGUCUCCUUUAACACCCGAAAGUAUCAAUGGGACAGAUGAUGAAAGAACACCUGAUGUGACACAGAACUCAGAGCCAAGGGCUGAACCAACUCAGAAUGCAUUGCCAUUUUCACAUAGUUCAGCAAUCAGCAAACACUGGGAGGCUGAACUGGCUACACUCAAAGGAAAUAAUGCCAAACUCACUGCAGCCCUGUUGGAGUCCACUGCCAAUGUGAAACAAUGGAAACAGCAACUUGCUGCAUAUCAAGAGGAAGCAGAACGUCUACACAAGCGAGUGACUGAGCUUGAAUGUGUUAGUAGCCAAGCAAAUGCAGUGCAUACCCAUAAGACAGAAUUAAACCAGACAAUACAAGAACUCGAAGAGACAUUGAAAGUAAAGGAAGAGGAAAUAGAAAGAUUAAAACAAGAAAUUGAUAAUGCCAGAGAACUACAAGAACAGAGGGACUCUCUGACUCAGAAACUACAGGAAGUAGAAAUUCGGAACAAAGAUCUGGAGGGACAGCUGUCUGACUUAGAGCAACGUCUGGAGAAGAGUCAGAACGAACAAGAAGCUUUUCGCAAUAACCUGAAGACACUGUUAGAAAUUCUGGAUGGAAAAAUAUUUGAACUAACAGAAUUACGAGAUAACUUGGCCAAGCUACUAGAAUGCAGCUAAGGAAAGUGAAAUUUCAGUGCCAUUGAUUAAAAGAUACACUGUCUCUCUUCGUAGAACUGUUUGGGCUCUGCAUCAAGAUUGCACAAAAAAAAAAAAAAAAUUGAAUAUAACUCCAGGAUGAGGAUCUUUUGAAAAUUGGAAUUGUAUAUUUCAGUGUAAAUUUUAGAAUUCAGCUUGUAGCUAGUUGGGAAAAAAAAAAAAGAGAUGAAAAACUUGAACUACAAAUUACCUCCAUGUAUAUUAUUGGCCAUAGUUAACUAGAAAGUUAUAAAUAGAUACUUAAUGCAAUUUUUUUUCUUUCCAAUAUUAGCCAAUGGGAGAAUUAACAAUGUCUGGGUCACAUCCCCUUUUUGUGUUCAACACAGUGAAGGUUAUCUGCUUUUUAAAUUAAUUUAUUUAUGAUAUCUAAAGCUGUGUUUUGUGCAAAAACUUAGUGAUGAAAGCCCUGUCUUUUGUUGUAAUCUGAAUAAUUUCUCAGGAUAUUUUUGCACUGCUGAAAAGCAGUGCCAUUACCAAUUAAUUCUUGCCAGGAGUGAGAGAGAGCUGCAUCUUUAAUUGAAAGACACUAUAACUGGGUGUAUAGAGUUCUUCCCUUUUUUGUACUGGAAGAUUUUUCACUCUGGUGACUACUCUGGUACACUCUGGUGUUCUCUAAUCUUGUCCGUUGUAUAGUUUACUUUUCCAUAUUGACUCCAUGUAUUUAUGAGAAGAUAUUGUCUCCCAUUUUAUUAUACAUUUUAAAGCCAACUAACAAAGGCAGCUGAGUCCCUCAGAAAUUUUUGUUUUUAAAUUUCUAAUAAAUUUGACACACAGAACUGAAAUACAGCAGUCCGUCAUUGACGGUCUGGUCUAGCAAUGUUAAGUAUAUUUACAGAAAAUAUGCAGUUACAUUUAUUUAUAUAUUUUGCAAGAAAUCUUUUCUGAAAGAUCAACGCAUUUCAAUUUAUGAAUAAUGGUUAUUGGGAAACUGUUUAUUAUAGAUAAUUUUAAGGUGUAUAGCUAUUUUCAAGGGGAUCCAUUUACAUCAAACAGCCAAUCAGAGGACUGUAUCUAAAUUGUGAUCAUGGCAGAUGGAGAUGGAGUCAUGUACCCUGGCUGGGUCUUCACAUCAACCACAUCUUUAUUCAAACCUCACAAGGCAAUAUUCUGAACUGUUAACUAGGCAUUUCAAAACAGGAAUUACAUCCAACAGGCUCUUCUCAGUGAGCAGGUUUUAAUGUUGUUUUGAUGUAAUUUUAAAAGACUUUUAGCAAACAUGCAUUUCUUUAUAUAUUUCUUUUAUGAGGCUAUUUUAAAAGUAAGCCAAGUUCUGUCUGGUCUGCUUAUGGAGUAGGAAUUGCAUCAGAGUACAUAUAUUCUUGCUGUACAAUGCCUGUCAUGUUGAGGGUUCUUUUUUAAAGUGUAUGCUUGAGUAUUUGACUCUAAAGAGUCAAUAAAUGCACUGACUUUUUGUUUGUACCCCAAAUGAUUGAAUUGUCAAGUACAAAAUUAAGCUAAUUAAUCAAUUUGUAACCAUUUUUCACUCAUAAAUAGCUACUCAAUACUAGAUACUUUUGUUUUAUAUCUAUGUGUAUGUAUAUAAAUACAUACAUAUUAAUUUAUAUUAGAGUGAAAAAUAAAUGAUUUGUUUCUAAAAUUAGUUUCUAAAGUGAGUUUUCAGGUGUUUCUGAAAAGUUUAUAUCAGACACUUAAUCAUCAUGUAUUAUAUGUGCUAUUACAUCAUGUAAGUUACCUCCAGCUAUUUUAGGGUAUUUUCCUCACCUAUUUAUUAUAGGGAGAAUAAUUUAGGUACAUAUGCUCAGAGCUAAGAUAUUUCUCUGAUAAAUCAGGUAAUAAAAUUUAUUUGAUGGAUAGAAUUUUGAAGUCAAUGUGAUUUUAUCCAUGAGUUUCAAGUACAAAGAGCACCAGGUUUUAACUUAAAUAAGGGACUAAUACUAGGGAUCAGGGAAUUUAGUUAUGAAGAGUUUAAAAAAACUUAAAAAAAAAACAGUAUAAGCUGUUGAAAUGGUAAGUGAAUUAUUUUAAUGAUGUAAUAAAAUAUUUUUAAAUUUUGACAUAGUGGUCAUUUAAUGGGAAAAUAACUCACCAAAAUGUCUCCACUUGAAUUGUAUUGAUAAUGUGAGGCAUAUGUGUAAUUCAACAUAUACAUAUACCCAUAUGUAUAUACAGAAAAUUAUUUUUAAUAUUUUCCUACUGAUAUGAAAUUUAAAAUUGGAAAUUUUGUGAGUGUUUUCCUUGUCCAAUAGAACCUAGUUGUUUCUUUCUUUUUUUUUUUUUAACUGAUUUAACAAUUUCUUGAGGGCUGCACCUUUAAAUUCCCAGAUUGUCAGUAAACGUACAAAAUAUGGGAUAAGGUGGACACAAGUGCACAUAUAAAUAAAACCUUCUUACUAAGACUAUUUAAAACAUUCAUUUACAGUAGGAGAGUAUCUAGAAAUCAUCCUCUACAACUCAUAAUUAGGUUGUGUGCCUACAGUAGUUUUUUUAUCCAUUUCUGUAUUAUAUAAAUAUUUGCAUAUUAAAAUUUGAUUUUUCCCAGAGACAAGUAUUAUAUAAUGUAUCUAUAUUUAGAUUAAAUUGUGGUGAUAUAUUUAUCAGAACAUGAUGUUGGGGACUAUAGCCUGAACAUGUGGACUUGAAAUGACAGAGGAAGAGAGCAGAGAUUGAUUCCAUUGUGUAUAAGUCAUUAUAACUAUGAAUUCUUGUACAAAAACAAAAAAAAAAACUUGGAAAAAAAGAAAAACAAAAUACAGUUUUUAUUUUUAAAUACAUUUGUUGUUCUCUGGAGAAUGUACUUCAUCUUUUAUUUCCUUCAGACUUUUACAGAAAUUUAAAAGCAUUUAAGUGAUGACAGCAUUUACUUAAAUCUUACAGGUGCUACUGGAUUUUGCAUUAGUGUGUUCUGUUGUGAAAUCCUAACUUUGACAUAAAAGGUUUUAUAAGUAUUUCCCCGACUGGAAAAUUAGUUUUUAUUCUUUUCUCCUCUGUUUCUCUUUCCCUCUUUUUCUCUCUCUCCCUCUUUUCAGACUAAAAAAACAUUCAUCAAGUUGCAUCUUCCCUGUCCCUGUAGAAGAUCUCUAGCACCAUCAUAGAUUUGAUGUUUUGCUGUCAUUGAAACUGCUGGGAAGCAGUUAGAGGAAAAACUUGUAUUUUUUUUCUUACAGGUGGAACUAAAAGGAACACUCAGGCUUAAGCCACCACAACCACCUUUAAGAAYGCAUUCCUUUCUCCUGUUAAAAUUAAAUUUAUUCUCCACCAUGUGUGUCUCUGUCUACCAUGUUUUUAUUUAUCUCUGGCAUAAGCACUUCAACUGCCCUCUUUGUGGUCCUAUUUUCUGUCAGUACUAGAAUAGGAGGCAGGCCAGGGAGGUUUGUGGGUUUGUUAUUGUGAUUUUAAUCCUUUUGUUUCUUUGAUAUCAAAUGAUUUUAACAUCCCAAAAUUCUGUACUUAAAGACAUGAAGUAGUCUUUGUUGAAUUUUUGUCUGCUGAAURUAUCACAAUCUUGAGAUAGAUUAAUUUAUAUAAAACCUUAAGAAAACUUUCAGGCAAGAAGUAGUUGAGAUUGACAUGUUUUUAUAUUCUCAAGUAGGACACCGGGCUGAAAGUACAAGUAUUUGUUAAGAAAAUUAUUUUAGAAGUUUUUGGGAAGAAUAGUUUUGAAGUAGAAGCACAUGCUUUUGUUCAUGAUACUCUAAACUGUGAAAGUAUUUUUUCCUAAUAUUCUUGUUAAGUUGCACCUUAAUUUUUUAAAAACACAUUUAUUCCACUGUCCUAAAAAACAAAUUUUUAAAACCUGAUAUAUAGAGGCAGUCUAGGCUACUUAGAAUUGUGACAGCUCUAUACAAAAGUGGAAGCAAUAAAAUACAAUCAUUUUGACCCCGUAAGGGAAAUGAGUAAAAUUUCAUAGACCUUAAAUUUUUUAUGACAGUUUUUCUUUAUGGGAAACUGAUAUAUAGAUGUCACACAAGAAUAAAAAUAGUUAACUGAAUUAUAUAUGUUAAAUAUUAAUAGUAUUUGAUAUUAAAAUUAAUAUUUUGCAUCUUUAUUACCUAGUAAAAUAGCUAAUAAUUUUAUCUAAGGAAAUUCUAGUCAGAACUACACUGCUCUAUGAUUUCUGCUUAGGGCACUAGAUUUUUUAAAAAGCCACAUUUAAGCAGGCUGGAAGCAUAUGUAGUUCAGCGGUAGAGCAUGUGCCUACCAUGUACAAUGUCCUGGGUUAAAUCCCCAGCACCAAAAGGAGAAGUAAAAAAAAAAAAAAAAAUUCAAGUCAUUUUUACCAAAAACGUGUGURCCAGGAAGAAAAGUUGCAGUAGAAUAGAUGGCCACAAACACCCAACUGACUUUUGGUCAAUUUCUUGAUCUCUGUGGUGUCUUUUCUGCCUGUUAGAUUUGAGAAAGUGUUUCAGAUGAGCAUGGCUGAGGCUGCCUGUAGUCUAGCUGUUCAGAAAGCCGAGGCAAGAGUAUCACUUGAGCCCAGGAUUUGGGGGCCACCCUAGGCAACAGAGUGAGACCUUGCCU